AUGGUUUUGUGGUUCUUAGUCACUCCUUUUCUGUUUACUACAGCUACUGUCACAGGUGCCAGAAAUGACUGCAGGGGCGACUGUGCCCUAUCAGUGGGGUGUUGGAUCUCGGGUGGCGUAAGCCGCGGUACCUGCCCGGGCCUGAACAGCUUCACCUCCUGGCUCUACACCUGUUGCUACUUCACGCCCAUCAUCCCUCCUCCUACCCGCUUCUUCAAGAGGCGCGAUUCGCUAAGAAGGCAAGAUAGAGUAGAAUGUGGAGUCCCUGCACUAACUCUUCAAAAACGAAUCAUCGGGGGAGCCGAAGCAUAUUUUGGGGAACUGCCAUGGCAAGCUCACCUUCGAAUAGGAGGCUACCAAUGCGGUGGGGCAUUGGUGAGCAGGAAGCAUGUCAUCACUGCAGCUCACUGUGUUCACAGGGCACAGCUGAAUGACAUAAUGGUUUACCUUGGUGAAUAUGAUACUCAAAAUACUGGAUAUGAACCAUAUCCUGAGGAAGUGCACAGAGUCAUAAAAAAAUAUGUGCAUCCUAACUUCCAAUUCAGAUUAGCUCAGCCUGAUAGGUUUGAUGUAGCACUUGUACAACUCUCCCGUGGAGUGAUUUUCAAAGAAAACAUACUACCUAUUUGUCUUCCAAAGCGAAGUACGUCAUUAAGAGGAAAAACUGGACUGGUGGCAGGAUGGGGAAAGACAGAUACUACCUAUGGAAAAACUGGAACAAAUAUUUUACGAAAAGCAAUUGUUCCUAUUCUUACUGAUGCCGAAUGUUUACGAUGGCAUAGGCAUAAAAACAUCAGAGUUGAACUUCACAAAGAAAUGUUUUGUGCUGGUCACAGUGAUGGGCGAAUGGAUGCUUGCCUAGGUGAUAGUGGUGGACCUUUAAUUGUACAAGAUGAAGGACGUUGGACACUAGCAGGUAUAACAUCAGCAGGAUUUGGCUGUGCAGUUGAUCAUCAACCCGGGAUAUACCAUAAAGUUCAGUUCACUUCAGACUGGAUAAGAUCUGUUAUCAAGUCUAAUACAUAAGAGCCUUUGAAGGACAUGAUUAAAACACAUAUGACAAGUUUAAAUAAUAUUCUAAUACCGAUCUAAUAACAUUGCAAAUACCAGACCAAAACAUGAUGUGAUAAUUUCAAAACUCAUUCUUUAGUUAAAAAUUAGUUUCUGUAACUCAACAGAAAUCUCAAUUAUUUACUACUACAUUAAUAAUAAAUAUAUAAUGUUGGCCAUCAAUAUAAUUGAACGUUAAAAAGUUGUGACGAAUCUAC